UGAUUUUCUUUUUGGUGUCUAAUUAAUUAGUGGAUUCUUAUGACCCUUUAAGGUUUGACUCAUGUUGGACUUCAUUUAUGUGGCUCCCAUGUUUGGUGAUUUUGCUUUUUUCCUUUGAUGGGGGUUUGUAUAAUUUGGUAAUUAAUUGCCAGCAUCAUAUAGGUUCAGAUGCUUUCAAUUGAAUUCAGUAGAAUUUGUGUCGGAGGAAAAAGGUGUGUAAGUUGUGUUGGAGAAAAUACAAAUUGAGUGAAGGGGUGAGAAACAAAGUUGUUGUGUUCUGGAGUUUGGAUCAUUGAUGGCGCCGGCUGCGAAGGUCACUGGAUUCUACCGUGAGGGAAAUGACUGGUUUUGCAAUGCAAGUUUGGUCAGUGAUUUUACGUUGGUUGUGGACGGAGUAAACUUCCACCUUCACAAGUUUCCACUUAUGUCGAGAUGUGGAAGGAUUGACAAACUACUAGGAGCAGUUCAAGGUCCACAUGAAGGGACUUUCCUGACAACUUUAGAAGACUUCCCUGGUGGAAGUGACAUAUUUUUAGUCACAGUUAAAUUCUGCUACGGUAUUCGAAUAGAAUAUACCCCAAGGAACAUAGUAAUGAUUUAUUGUGCAGCAGAUUAUUUGGAGAUGACAGAGGACUAUGGUGAAGAUAAUUUACUGUUUAAGGCAGAUGCUUACUUUCAUAAGAAUAUUCUGAAGAAUUGGAAAGAUUGCAUAUUAGCUCUCCAAAGUUGUGAUUCUAUCAUACCAAGAGCAGACAAGCUAGAGAUCAUUAGUAAAUGCUCGCAUGCUCUCUCUGUGAUGGUCUGCACAGAUCCUAGUUUAUUUGGAUGGCCUAUGUUGUUGUAUGGCUGUUUACAGAGCCCUGGAGGUAGUAUAUUGUGGAAUGGAAUUAACACCGGUGCUAGAAUCCAAACCAUUGAAUCUGACUGGUGGUUCGAAGACAUCUCAUAUCUUUCUGUGCCAUUAUUUCAGAGACUAAUUCGAACAAUGGAAGUCAGAGGUAUUAGACAUGAAAAUUUAGCAGGUGCUAUGAUGUACUACUGUAGGAAGUACCUUCCAGGACUUGGCCGGUGGCAGAGUGGGCAAAUUGGUAAAACUAGAACAGUUGCUAGUUUCAGUAUGACACCAGCUGCUGUCAAUCAGAAAGUUCUUCUUGAAAGUGUUGCUAAACAGCUUCCUGAAUUGAAGGGCAAGUCUUUUUGCCGUUUCUUGUUGGGACUUCUGCGAGUUGCCUUGAUACUUGGUGUGCAGCAGACAUGCCUGGACUCGUUGGAGAGGAGAACAGGAAUGCAGUUGGACUUAGCAUCCCUAGAUGGUUUGCUGAUACCUUCCUACUCAGAUUCUGAUACACUAUAUAACACUGACUGUGUUGAACGAAUGAUUCACCAUUUUAUAUCUUUUGAAUCUGGGAUCACUGCAAUACCUAAUCCAUCUUCAUUUGAGAUAGGAACAUCACCAUCAUCCCAUCCUUUAAGGAGAGUGGCGAAGUUGGUUGACAGCUAUAUUGCAGAAGUUGCAUCUGAUGUGAACCUAAAGCCAGAAAAAGUGCGUUCACUUGCUGAAGCUCUCCCAGAAUCUUCAAGAUCUCUGCAUGAUGGGCUAUAUAGAGCUCUAGAUAUAUACUUCAAGGCGCAUCCUUGGCUUUCAGCAAAAGAGAAGGAGCAGCUUUGCAACAUCAUUGACUGUCAGAAGCUCUCUAUUGAUGCUUGCGCCCAUGCAUCCCAGAAUGACAGAUUGCCUCUUCGAGUUGUUCUCCAAGUUCUUUUCUUCGGGCAAUUGCAGCUUAGAACAGCUGUAGCUGGUCGCUUCCAAGUCUUGGAUACAGAGAGUGGUCCUGCAGCUCCCGUCACUGGCCCUAGUGACAUGGCAGGUCAAAUUGUACAAAGAGACGGAUGGGUGACAGUCGUGCGUGAGAACCAGGGUCUAAAGGUGGACUUGGAAAGAAUGAAGUCCAGGGUUGGUGAACUUGAAGAAGAAUUCAGCAAAAUCAAACAAGAGAUGAGAAAGGUCACAAAGUCACAUAGUUACCUCAGUUCUCCGCGCUUUCUUGCCCGAAGGUUUGGAUGCAAGCUCCUUCCCCAAUCCUCGGAUACUCAACCAGACGUGGUUGAAAGCACAGGUCCAACCCCAAGAGCAUCAGUUGAGCAACCGAGAAGCUCAAGACACCGUAAAAGCUCCUCUUUGAUUUCAUGACGAGAAGACUCAGGUUUGAUGUCUAUUCCCCCUCCACACCAGAAUUCUCGCCACUACAUGUUUGGAAUAGAUUCAUCCCUUGGUAAUUCAGGGCACCUAUAUAUCCCUUUGAGAAACCAUUUCGAAUUCAUUUCAUAAGAUACAACUGUCCUGCUUGGCUGGCUGAUUAUAUUUAGUACGUCGGUUGGACAACAACAAAAACAUAACGAAAAUACUUAUCCAUCGGAACGAUGGUCUCCUGAUGGAAGAAGAUGAGAAGAAACCAAAUUUAUGGUUCAAUCUCAUGUAUCUUGACAUAAACAUAGAAUUCAGCUGAUACUAGUAAAUUUCUGUUCCUUUUCUAGGAACAAUAUAAUGGGACUCUGUUGUCCACAUUUCUCUCUUAUACAUGUACAGCUUCAUGAAGAGUUUGUAAAGCUAUAUGAUGAAGGUAUUCAUGUUUUAGUUUCAAAA